UACAGGAAGCGGUGAACGCACCAGAAGAAGAGAAGGCUACUUCUUGGUUAGCACGAUAGCAUCUUUACAAUGAUGCAACUAGCUUUAAGUAAAACCUUUGGCCAGAAGCCUGUUAAAUUUCAGCUAGAGCAGGAUGGAGACUUUUACAUGGUGGGCUCGGAGGUGGGAAACUACCUGCGGAUGUUCCGAGGCUCCCUGUAUAAGAGAUACCCGUCUCUGUGGAGGAGGCUGGCCUCUGUGGAGGAGAGGAAGAAGAUCGUAGCGUCGUCACAUGCCACCAGUGUGACUCUGCUGAAGGCCUCAGAGUGUGAAGAGAUCUUUGAGGGGAACGAUGAGAAGUACAAGGCCGUGUCCAUCAGUACCGAGCCCCCUGCCUACGUCAGGGAGCAGAAGGCCAAGCGGAGCAGCCAGUGGGUUCCCACCCUCCCUAACAGCUCCCACCACCUGGACGCCGUGCCUUGCUCCACAACCAUCAACCGCAGCCGCAUGGGCCGGGACAAGAAGAGGACCUUCCCGCUGUGCUUCGACGACCACGACCCCGCGGUGAUCCACGAGAACGCGGCGCAGAUGGAGGCGCUGGUUCCAAUCCGUCUGGACAUGGAGAUCGACGGGCAGAAGCUGCGAGACGCCUUCACCUGGAACAUGAACGAGAAGCUCAUGACCCCGGAGAUGUUUGCAGAGAUCCUGUGUGACGACCUGGACCUGAACCCCCUGGCGUUCGUGCCGGCCAUCGCCUCGGCCAUCCGGCAGCAGAUCGAGUCCUACCCCACCGACAGCAUCCUGGAGGAGCAGGCGGACCAGAGAGUCAUCAUCAAGCUUAACAUCCACGUGGGGAACAUCUCGCUGGUGGACCAGUUCGAGUGGGACAUGUCCGAGAGGGAGAACUCCCCGGAGUCCUUCGCCCUGAAGCUGUGCUCCGAGCUGGGCCUGGGAGGGGAGUUCGUCACCACCAUCGCCUACAGCAUCCGCGGUCAGCUCAGCUGGCACCAGAGGACCUACGCCUUCAGUGAGAACCCGCUGCCCACGGUGGAGAUCGCCAUCCGCAACACCGGCGACGCAGACCAGUGGUGCCCCCUGCUGGAGACCCUCACAGACGCCGAGAUGGAGAAGAAGAUCCGAGACCAGGACAGGAACACCCGGCGAAUGAGACGAUUGGCCAACACCGCCCCCUCCUGGUAGAACGUGACACGACGCCUCUCUGUGACUGAACCCUUUCCCAAGCAUCUGGGCAGACGUGGUCGACGCCACACACACACACACACACACACAUACACACACUCACUCAUCCAUACAUUCCUCUGCACACACACAGGACGUGCAGCAUCAUGUUACUCUGAAUUCAGGUCUGUUCCUUCCACUUUCCUCUCAGUCCUGCUGCGCCGCCGGGCGGAGACGUGGAUGUGAGUGUGAAGUAUCUGAACGAACGGCUGAAGGUGCAGUGUUCGAGGCUCUGUCUGUGCUGGAGCCUGACAGGAAGCUGACAGUCGGAGGGAGGACGGGUCGUCCCUCCGCCUCAGAGCCAUCCUGGCCAGGCUGCUGGAACCCGGGCCGUCGGUGCUGACGGCGAUGUCUGACACUGCCGUGCUUCUGGAUCAAUGGGUCAUGAAUGUGAGCCGGCCUGCGUCGUAGUCACAGAGUAGAAAAACUAAAUGUGCUUCACAAACGUCUGAUGCUGAGACAUCUAUUCUGCUGCUGGCAUGAAGAAGCGACACCCAAAUUUAAACGGCAGCAAUGAGCUGAUCCAGGUUGUUCCAGGCUGCUUUUCUUCUCCGUACAAACAUCUGCUGAGCUUCAGCUGGUGAGGAACAGGCAGCGCAGCCACAAACCAGGAAGUUUGAUGCGUAGACAUUCAGCACACUGUCGAUGAACCAGUUUCACUGCAGACCCCUGUUUAGUGGCUCCCAGCAGCUUUCUUUUCAGGUUUUGCAUUUUAAAAUGAAAAUUGUGACUCUUGAGUACAAAAACGAUUCAGUGGUUCGCCAAAUGAAGUUUGUAGUUUGUAAAAAAAACACCGACCGUGCUUCAUUUAGAAGCUCUGCUGUCUUCUGUUUGACAGUGUUCUGAAACCAGCCUUAAAUGAAGGUGGCAGACCCCUGUUCUCCGCUCAGGCCUUCUCUCCAGCAGCAUAGUGGAUAUCUGAUGGCUGUCGGUCCGUUUAACAACCACAAGCAGUGCAGUCUGCUGUGCUGACCGCCACGCAGGCACAAGGCUUCACCUCUUUUGGUUUCUGUUUCCACUCUGAUGUAGGAGAAUGUAGUGAAAAUGUAAAGCUUUGAGACUGUUUGUCCCUCGGUGAUGUUCCAGCAGCUCAGACCAGGUUGACCACACACACACACACACACACACACACACACACCCACCCCUUCCUGUGGAGUGUGAGCUGGUUGCACCUGGGCUCCUGAGCUCGCCUGCAUGCUGAAGCUAGAGUAGUUGAAGCUGUAGCCCCGUGCAUGAGGGGACAGGACAUUCCCGCUGUUACGUCUGUUCGCACCGUGCCUCACACGUCCUCGGUCGGUCCAGAGCGACUCAGAAGAGCUGACCACAGCCGCCGGUGUCUUCAGAGUCAGGACCCUGGACGCAGACCGGAGGACCACCGUGCUCACUAAUGUACUGUUGCUUCUCGUUGUCUUAUUUUGUACAUUUGCUUGACCUUUAUAGUGGACUUGUUUUUAUAUAUAUAUAAAAAAAACCAAUAAAGGAAACGUGU